CAGGGGAAAAUGCAAGAAAAAGACGGGUGGAGGCUCUCGCCCUUUCUCCCCACAGGAGGAUGGCUUACACGGGGUGCGUACUGAGCAGACCUUUGUAUUAUGCCUUAAAGCCCCUCUUUGUCUCGGGGACUGGCAAGUUCUGCAGAGGAUUCAGCACUCUUCAUCAUUUCAGCAGCAUGCGACCAUUAACGUCCUCCUGCCUAUCUAAGGCCUCACCUCCCAGAGUCGUUCUUGCUCUCGCUCUAGCUAGACAGAGUUUCUCCUCCAAGGAAGAGCCAAUUGCAUCACCUGCCGAUUUGCAGUUUGAAUCACCCCUCAAGAUUGUUGAGUAUCCGGAUCCAUUACUAAGAAAGGCUAACAAACGCAUUAAUACAUUUGAUGAUAAUCUGAAAAAGCUGGUUGAUGAGAUGUUUGAUAUCAUGUACAAGACUGACGGGAUUGGGUUAUCAGCGCCCCAAGUAGGCCUCAAUAUCCAACUUAUGGUGUUCAAUCCUGCUGGUGAGCGGGGUGUUGGGGAGGAGCUUGUCCUUAUCAACCCUAGAGUUUACAAAUAUUCAAAGAAGAUAGUUCCUUUCAAUGAGGGUUGCCUAUCUUUCCCUGGAAUUUAUGCAGAUGUCGAGAGGCCAGCUGCAAUAAAAGUUGAUGCUCAGGACAUAACUGGUGCCAAAUUUUCAAUUAGUUUAAAAGGACUUCCAGCAAGGAUAUUCCAACAUGAGUUUGACCAUUUGCAGGGAAUUCUUUUUUUUGAAAGAAUGAGCCAGGAAGUGCUUGACAGUAUUCGACAGUCAUUGCAGGAUCUGGAGAAGAAAUAUGAAAGUACAACGGGUUUGCCAAGCCCUGAGAUGAUUGAGAAUGUUAAAGGAAUAAAGGUUGCUGCUGGUUUUUCAUGAUUGUGCAACUACAUGAUUUCCCUGUUUAUGAUAUUCAUGUAAACAACACUCCACCCAAGAUGAAGGUGCUUGCCAUUCAUAAGUGCUAAGAUUGCUGAUUUGGCAACUGCCCCACAAUUCUCUUUUAUCCAGGAGCAGAUUUUUUGCUAUAGGGCUUUACUUGUAGCCUGUUAGCCACCCACUUUUGAAAAUAUUCAGGCAUGAUAAGUUGCUAGGAUAGCUUGCACCUGUUGUGUCUGUUGGUGCUUAACAUGAACAAGGGGCAACUUCGUGCUAGAAAGAAUUGCAUAUAUGUUACAAGAAAGAUUGUUCAAUUCUAUCUUUUGUGUCA